UCUGAAAGAAUUCGGUCGGAAGUCUUACUGUGUUUACGAAGCUCUUCAUACACAUGUUGGGGCAGCUAGCUCUGUCAGGAGUAUCCAAGAGGAUAGUGGUUCGGUUUAGUUAAAAAGCCAUUACCAGAAAUAAGACAUGAAGAAGAGGUUUAACAUCAACCUAGACGACACAGCAUUUGUCAAAGAAAGAACCCCGCCCAAGCCGCAGUUUCAACCUUCAUUCAAAAGAGGCGAAAACACCUCCGGCGCCACCUCAUCUUCAGCGGAGGCGGCUUCUGAGCCCGUGGACCGGCCCCUUUCCUAUGCAGAUUAUAUCGUCCAGAGCAAAAACACUGUGGCUGCUCCUGCUCAGACACAAGGGUGCUCCAAACUGCUCAAGUCAGUGUGUGCUGGGGUUACCAAUCGGAAGCAAAAUGAGUCCGAUUCCGUGUCCUCUGCCUCGGGCGGAUGUGAAACACUGCAGGUGCUUGCUGAAGGGGGUGAAGGUGAAUCUGAAGGGGAUAAGAAGAGCGAGGACCCACAAGUGGCCGCCACACACCAGAAAGAGGGGAACGGUGACCCAAGGCCAGAUCCAAGUCCAGGUCUGGGUCCAAAAACAGUAGGAUCUGGGAGCAGCAUUAUAGUCAGUCCUCGACAGAGGGGAAAUCCCAUCCUGAAGUUUGUGAGGACUGUCCCAUGGGAGUUUGGAGAUGUUGCACCAGAUUAUGUCUUGGGUCAGACAACUUGUGCUCUCUUCCUCAGUCUAAGGUAUCACAAUCUCAAUCCAAACUAUAUCCAUGACCGUCUGAAGCAGCUUGGGCAUACUUUUACCCUGCGAGUGUUACUGGUACAAGUAGAUGUGAAAGAUCCUCAUCAUACGUUGAAGGAGCUCGCUCGCAUCUGCAUCAUGGCUGACUGCACUCUCAUCUUGGCUUGGAGUCCAGAGGAAGCAGGGCGUUACCUGGAAACAUACAAGUCAUAUGAAAAGAAACCUGCAGACUUACUGAAGGAGCAGGUUGAGAAAAACUACCUGUCAAAAGUUACUGAUUGCCUGACCACUGUGAAGUCUGUAAACAAGACCGAUGCCAUUACCUUGCUGUCUACUUUCUCAUCUGUGGAAGGAAUCAUCAGUGCCUCUAAGGAAGACUUGGUUCUCUGUCCAGGCCUCGGACCACAAAAAGCACGGCGACUCCACGAUGUGCUCCACAAGCCCUUCCUCAAGUCAAAGACAAAAGACAGCUGAAGACACACAGUCUUCAGAGGACUAAAAAAAUUCAAUAAACACUCCUGAUUUACUAAGGGGAAGGUCCAACAGGGCUUCUAAGACUGAGAAUCAGCUACAGGGAUAGCUGUUAGAGCUAUGCACUGAUUCAGUGCUGCAUUGAGUUAAGAUGUUGGUUUUUUUAUUGCUUAAUUAAGUUUGUACAAUAAUAAAUAUAUUGUAAUAUUUGUAA